AUGCCAAUAGCAGUAUUUGGCCGACCAUUUGGUGGCUUUCUGGAUCAUCCAUUUAUGCACAAGUAUUACUUAGAAUCGAACAUCAAUUCAAACAGUGCUAAAACUGAUUACAUUACACAGAAAGUUGAUAAUUUUAAUCCGGAAGAUAAAAGAACAUAUCAACAGGCGCACUCGAUGUAUGGCAUAUUACAAGUUCGCCAUACUACAAGUAUUGAAAAAAUAAUCUGCAUGGAUAAUCCGGAUAAUCUGAAUAAUCUUUAUGAAGAUCCAAUAUUGGGAGAUUAA